CCCCGCCCGCCGCCCACCGAUUUUCAAGCGUUUGGCAAAUUCGACUUUUCCUCCUUUCUCCCAUAAAUCUCUCCCUAUAAAUUCGCCAUUCUCCUAAUUUCCGAAACCAUCGUACUUUCUCUCUUCUCUCUCUUCAGUUUCCUUCGCUGAUUUCUGUUCCCGUCAUCCAUGGCUGAAUCCAAGGGCAAACUCGAAUCUCUCAGGGACUGGGUUUCCGAGCACAAGCUUCGCACCGUUGGGUCUCUCUGGCUUAGCGGAAUUGUGGGUUCUAUUGCGUACAAUUGGUCUCAACCGAAUAUGAAGACCAGCGUGAAGAUCAUCCACGCUAGGUUACACGCACAGGCUUUUACCUUAGCUGCUCUUGCUGGCGCUGCAGUUGUUGAAUAUUAUGAUCACAAAUCAGGAGCGAAGGCCGAUCGAUAUGCCAAGUUCCUUCAGAUUGAUAACUACUCACACAAAGACUAAGUUUGUUUCCCUUCUCAUUAUACAUUUUGGAGAGUAUUAAAGUAGUUUCAUUCUGAGGCUCAGAAUUCUUGCUGCUCCAUUCUUUUUUUAAUUUUAUUUUUACUAAUUUGGCAAAUAUCAAUACUUGGGGGGCGUUAUUCUGCUCAAUUCAUAAAAGCAAUUUCUUUGUAAACAUUGAGGUGAAUGCUCUUGUAUUAUUGAUGAAAUGUUGGUUGGCUUCUGAAGAGUUACGUUCCAUUUGGUCUCA